AAGUUUUUGUGAAAAACGUAGGCCGCGCUAGGAAAACUCAGGGGCGGCGUGGCGUGUGCGCGGGGCACAGAGCGGCUAGCGCGCCGACGUCACAAGAAAGCCGAGGCCUCUAUAAAACCGCCGCCGUCCCUCCCACUUACAUCACACGCUGGCUAGCAGCAGUCGCUACUCCACGUACAUUCGCUCGCUUCCCGCGUUCCAAUUGUUAUCGCUCACUCGUGUUUGCUCAUUCCACGCACACACUCGUACGCCAUGACCGUCACCAGCAAGAUGAACAGUGUCUCCCGCCAGUCCGUGCUGAGUCGCCUCGGCCCUGGCGGGCUACUCUACGCUGCCAAUAAGAUUUUAGCGGUCGCAGUACCUGGUAAAGAGGAGAAACGCUGGCGUAACAAAGAUGAAGGUGCGCUUUUCAAACGUUGGGGGCGUAACGCCUCCCCCGUUGAAGCCACCUCCACGCCAGCGCCCACUGCGCCCGCUUCACAACCCUCCGAGCUUCUCAAGUUCCUAGCUAUUAAUGCAUUGGAAUUAUCUGCCCCUGCAUCUGAUGCGCUGCUAAAAUCGCGCUCAUCAGAAUGGUUCCAGCUGGCUGGGCACCCUGGCUCGCUGGCCCCCGCUGGCCCCGGCACGGUGUGGAAGCGCCGCGCUGCUGGCGACCACCCGGCCCACAACCCCGAGCGCGACGCCUACGAGGCGCUCGCCGCCUGCCCGCACAUGCGCUCCGCUAUUCCAAGAUACUACCGCGAGUUGGAAUACGGUGGUGAAAGAUUUAUUGAACUGCAAGACCUGCUACACGGCUUCCGGGAUCCUCACGUCAUGGACGUGAAGAUGGGCACUCGCACCUUCCUGGAAGACGAAGUCAGCAACGCCCGCGCUCGGCCAGACCUCUACGAGAAGAUGGUGCGUUUGGACCCUAAAGCCCCCACCGAGGCCGAGCACGCUGCUCGUGCAGUCACCAAACUGCGUUACAUGCAAUUCCGUGAACAACGGUCCUCUUCCGCUGAACAAGGCUUCCGCAUCGAGGCAGUGAAAGUCCCCGGAGAAUCACCUCUUACUGAUCUUCAAAAAGUUCGUGAGCCACAACAAAUCGCUACUACCGUGGCAAGGUUCCUAGGAAAGAAUGAGAGAGCACGUCGUGCUAUCAUCACUCGUCUUCGUGAAAUUAGAGACCUGUUUGAACGUUCAGAUUUCUUCAAAACUCAUGAAAUCGUCGGCAGCAGUAUUUUCAUAAUUUAUGAUGAUGAGCGUGUCGGUGCUUGGCUUAUCGAUUUCGCAAAAACUAGAAGUGUACCAGAAGGUCUCAACGUGGACCACCGCUCUGAGUGGCAACAGGGCAACCAUGAGGAAGGUUUUCUCUACGGCUUGGAUAGACUUAUACAUACUAUAGAAACGGCAAAACUUCCAACGCCAGGCGACGAAGCUUCGACGGAACCGGACGUGUCACGUUGAACAUGAACUGGCGAGAGACCCUGGACUCGCCCCUCGGUCGUUGUCACCGUUAGCCUGGCCUUGCGCCCAAGUACUGCUCCACUUGCGCCCGACCUGACGCACGGAGAGAUGUAUCAUAAAAACUAUGAAUAUUUUUGCAUAUGAAAGAGAAAUGCGAUGUAUCGCUUAAUGUUUCGAUCUAGUCCUUAAUUAUUUAAAUAAACUCGUCAUGAUUUUUUAA